GACAGAUUAAACAAUUUAAAUUGAAUUAAAUAAUGAAAACAGCGGCCACGAAAGAUACAAUGGGUGUGGGUCCCAACAUAAGGAGUCCCAUAAUUGAAAGAAAGAAGAGGUGACUCAUCUUGAGGACAGGCCGCCACUUGUUUCCUCCUAUACCUGGAUCCCACUCAUCCAUGUGCAUGGUAUCGCUUAUUAUAGAUCUUUCCGAAGUUACCAUUUUACCCUCAGCCAAUAUUCCUCUGCUUUAAGUACCCACCCUUUCCUCUCUUUGAUCUUCCGACAAAGUCUGUUAAUCUCCAUUCAGUUUACACAAGAGCUUCUCAGAUCUAGAUAAGGAAUUUUAUUCACUAAAAGAUAUGUGUUAUCUAAACAAGGUUUUCACUGCAGCAUCGUUCGUGGCUGCUCAAGGAAACCCCGAGCACGGCGUCAAGUUGAAAACUGGCCUCAGCUCCGCACAACGCCUUCAACGCCGGCUUUCCUCCGAUGUCCGCCCUCUCUCCGCCUCAGAUGUCCCCGUAGAUGGUGCGCGUGUAGAAGAAAAACAGCUUACCUCUUCUUCCACUCCCGAUGAAUCCCUCCGUCAGGUCAUGUACCUCAACUGCUGGAGCCAAGGCUAAUUCUAGUUCCACUCAUUCCAUCCACAGAUGAUGAUGGUGGCUCGCUACUGAGUCCGGAGAAAGCGAGGUGGAUCUUCUCAUGAUCACUGUAUAUAAGUCUGGUGUAUUCUAGUCAAGACCAUGUAAAAAUAUUAGAAAUUCUCAAAAAGAUCAAAAGCGAGCGUUUGUUUACAAGAACUCUGUUUAUGUUUCAUUUAUCUGAAUAACUUCUCUCUUCCUUUGAUUUUAAAAAAAAUAAAACUUCUCUCUUCCAAGUUCCU